CAACAGCUCCAACAAGCCGUCGGAAGGAGGAGGACGAGCAGGCACGAGAAGUGCAUUCCUGCGGCCGCUGUUGCUGCGGGCCCCCAACCUCAACACCGCUCUAGCCUCCGACAACGGCUUCAGAGCCAUCGGCAAGGCCGCUGCUGACACCAACAAGGACGAGGAUGACGAAGACAGCGAGGAUCGCGUUCUGCUAGAGGAGUUGCUGCGACAGCUGGUUUCCAACGAACGCCUGAUCGCUCGGUUGGUGCGCAACGAUGCCUUUUUGGACCGCAUGGCUGCUGACCCGGCGCUGCUGGCCGAGCUGGGCAGGCGCCAGGUGCUGCUGGCACAGCUGGCCUCCCUAGGCGAUGCUGCAGUAGU